CUGUGCGUUAUGGAUAUGCUCAACCAUAGAUGGUGUUAAAACUUAAAACCAUCAUGCUUAAUAACUACAGGAUACUUUAAAUAUGUGGUUUACAGUUAUUUAGCAUUUAUCUAUAUAUAUAUAUACAUAAAUUAUAUCAAUUAACAGAAUGUUACUCACAUAUUAAUAUGAAAUGUGUGAAAUGGAUUGUUUCCGCUAAUUCCAAGACAAAAAAAUAAAAAAGUUAAAAAACGGUUAAUCUGUGAGAGUGCAGCUUUAAGCUGAAAUUAUUAUAAGAUAUUUGAAUAGUGUAACAAUGUGUGAAUUCUUAAUGGAUCGUGCAGAGCAUAGCAGACACUCUCAAGCAUGAAGGACGAAUUAACUACGAAAAUAUAUUCGAUUUAGUUACUUUGGUGAAAUGAGUAAUCAUGUUUUUAGGCUGCUCAUGACAUUCGUGAUUUGGCAGUCUAUCGGUUACACGUUUAUACAAGUAAAAGUAAUGAAAUUAGCACACAUGGUUUAAGGCUGCUCAUGACAUUCUUGUUGGGACUGUCUAUCGGGUACAUGUGUAUAUAAGUCAGUGUAAUGAAAUGAACACACAUGGUCUAAGGCUGCUCAUGACAUUCCUGUUUGGACUGUCUAUCGGAUACAUGUUUAAUGAGUUUCUUUCGGGAAAAUGUGAUCAUAUUGCCGAGGAGGAAAACAGCUACGUGUCUGACAUUCUUCAAAAGAAUGGAGUUUUAUCCGAACAUCAUGUUGCCGAGACAAGCGUGGUUGCCGACCUUCUUCGGGAGAAGGUGAGGGUUCUAUGUUGGGUCAUGACCUUACCUGCUAAUCAUUUCACUCGGGCUGAGCAUGUGAAGAACACGUGGGGCGGACGUUGCAACAUUCUAUUAUUUAUGUCAACCGGUCGCGAAGACGCUUUGCCGACAGUCGUUCUUCCGGUUGAGGAAGGUCGGGAACACUUGUGGAUGAAAACCAAGAUGGCGUUUAAGCAUGUGUACGAGCACUUCCGGGAUAAAGCUGACUGGUUCCUCAAAGCCGAUGAUGAUACAUACGUCAUCGUUGAAAAUUUGAGGUACAUGUUAAAGGACAAAGAUGCCAUGAAACCAGUCUACUUUGGGCGUCACUUUAAGGCAGGAAAAGGCAAGGGAUUUAUGUCUGGUGGAGCGGGCUAUGUGCUCAGUAAAAGGGCCCUUACGCAGCUGUACACCUCUCUGAGUGACCCUUCGAAGUGCGAGCUGUCGACCAGAGGAGCAGAGGACGUUGAGCUGGGCAAGUGUCUCGAAAUGGCUGGAGUCAAGCCUGGUGACUCAAGGGACGGGAUGAAAGAGACGUUUCAUCCAUUCAUACCAGAACAUCACCUCAUUUCUGGAGCGUUACAAGAUAAUUUGUGGUACUGGUCGCUAAACAAAUACCCUGUAGUUCAGGGACCUGGUUGCUGUAGCGACUAUGCCAUCAGUUUUCACUACGUAAAUCCAAAUAUGAUGCAUGUACUUGAGUAUAUGGUCUACCAUCUUAAACCGUAUGGAAGAAACUUGAUAACCAACGUGAUAAAUUGUGAUGAAAUCCAUAGAACAUUGACGUGAUUUAUCAGACCAACACAGUGUAGUUGACCUUGUGUUUUUUUAUAAAAAGAAAUGUGAAACUGAUACUUUCCCUAGCAUCUAAAAUGCAUUAUAUAAAUAAACGUUCAAUAUAUUGAAGAGAUUUUUUUUCAUUUUUCUUAGCCUGAGUCUGGAAAUAAAAUUCAAUGGGUUAGUACGUAUCGAUUCUGGUGCAAAUCUGAUUGGUCGAGAGAAAUGUCACAUGAGCAGUUAGCACUGGCUUAUAAUUAUUUUGUUAAUGUUUAUCUCUUAACUUUACAAUAUUUUUGGUGGUUUUAUGUUGUUUUAUGCCACACCUGUCUUCGUUCAAUAUCACUUGACUGGUCAGCAAAAUUUUUGGCUCCUUGGCUUGGCAUCUGCAAGCAAAACAUAUCUCGAAAUAUGGGAGUUCGUAUUCCGAGCCAGUGCAAUACGGCCGUAUAUCACCCUGCUAACGAAACGCCAUUACACGUAAGGAACUAUGUCAAAAGUGACUUCAUAAAACAAAAUAGUCUUUCCAUAAACUGACACUUAUUACGAAAAUGUGUUUUUAAGACAUUUAAACCAGUUAUGAAAAUAAUAAAAGUUAAUUUCAUGCGACUAACAUGCAUUUUGGCAAUACUCCAUCCCAGUCGAAUAAAACUUUCCGGGUCAAAAUGCAGAACUAAUAUCCGUAUUGUGUCAUUAAGUUAUAAUUUUAUUUUGUCUCGUAAAUUAACAAAACUGAUCAGUAUUCAUAGAUACAUUUGAAUAAAUAUGGAUAUUUC